AUGGCGACCCUUAAACCUCCAACAAAUACCCAUCGCUCCUCAUCCUCCCACAGCCCCAGCCCACCAAAAGCUCCCCUCAAAGCGGACCCAACAGCCACAAUCGCUGACACUGUCGUCUUUCAAGGCCGACACCUCGUCACCAUCGGCGCAGGGACAGUGAUCCACCCGCGCGCAAAAUUUUACGCAUACGAAGGCCCCAUCGUUGUCGAAGAUGGCUGUAUAAUCUGCGAGAAAGCGGUAAUUGGCGCUCCGCCGAGUUCAUCCCACUCACCGGCACCGUCCAGACCAGCAAGCACAACACCUACCGAGUCUGGGGCGUCCACGCCCGAGCCUAGGAAAGAGACAACAACACGGAUCUCAUACUUCGUUACUGUCGGCCCGUUGGCGACCGUCGAACCCGGUGCUAACAUUCAUUCUUCUGCUACGAUUGAGGCUCUGGCGACUAUUCGUCGGGGCGCUGACAUUGGUGCGCACUCGAAGGUGUGUUCCGGGUGUGAAGUUAUCGCCGGUGGAUCUGUCGCCGAGUGGGUUGUUGUAUAUGGGCGGGGUCCGGGAAUGCGGAGGAAGAGAGCUCGUGAUCUGAAGGGGAUGAGUCCGGCUGUUGUGAGUGCAGCGCAGGUUUCCCAGACGGCUCUACCUAGUCCUGCGCCGGCGGGUAAGGUUAUCGAGGAUGCGAGGUUGAUGGUUUUGCAGAAGGAGAGGGAGGUGCUUGGGAGGAUGCUUGUUCCUGCCGCUGGGGGGAAGAAGAGAUGA